UGUAUUGCUCUCUGUUACAUCGCCGUCCUGUGUGUACAAGCGGUGUACUUCGCCUUCACCAACCCACUAGCCAUCGUACGUGUCUAGCGCCCGGCGUCCGUAAGUACCAGCAGUUCACCAUCCUAAUCCGUCGCGCAGGACGAGAACACACCACUGCACGACAUAUACCUCGCAUUUUAUGGAAUCGUCAUGGCCCUCGUGUUCGGGUCUUUUGGAUGUACCACAUAUACCUCACGACGUGCGUGCGCUUCCAGAUGGCGUGCUCACUGCUCAUCCCCACCUGACUUCCCCUCCCCUAUACAUACGCACAGGACGAACCAGACGACGCUCGAGAACGUGUCCCCCUUCCUCCUCCUCCGCCAUCUCCCGCCGCUCCCGCGCUCCUCGCCGGACGCGCAGUCCCUCCCCGACGCGCCUCUCGAGCACCAGCUCUCACACGCGCAGCGGCGCCUCGUGCGCGACGCGCACUUCCACGUCCGGGUGUACGACGUCGGCUGGUGGAAGAACUGGGCGCAGGUCGCGGGGUGGGACCGACCAUGGGGAUGGGUGCACAAGUUGCUGGUGGGGGGCGGGUGCAAGGGUGACGGGCAGACAUUUCCUAGGAAUCCGCGGGCGGACAGUAUGUUGCCCGCCUGGCUGCUGAGUUGUCUCUGUAGACAAGGACUAAUUAUUUCCGCGGACGUUUGUGCACUGACUAAUGGAUGUCUCUUCCCCGGCGACUACUCGUCAGCAGCGUCGCUGACUAUCUCUCUAUGAUGGCAGCUGCCAACUAUCCUGCGUGCUUAUAGAGCAUUCCCCCCAAGGGUAUGUUUGCAGUUAGUGCAGUAUCCUCAUUGCAAAUACCGGG